AUGAGUCACCUCCAGAAAAAAAACCAAAAACCCUAGAGCCUAUUGAAAAACCAGGGUCUAUCAAACUAAUUCCUCCUAAGCCUAAACCUGUUAUGUUGUUGGAGAGUGACAUGUUCAUGGAUGCAUUAAAUGCUUCAGCUACAAAUAAGAGAGAUCCUAAGAAAAGAAAACGACGAACAAGCGGCUCUAAAGAUGGUAAUUCUGGAACCGAUACUUCACCUCCGCACACACCAACUAGUUUGAGCAGUCCAAGUAGUGAAAGUAAGUCUGUGCCGCCCAGAUUUUAUCAAGAUACACUUGAGACGGACGAAAAUAAAGAAAAGGUAGAGAAAACAGAUACUGAAAACGCGGAUGAAAAUGUCGAUAAAAAUGAAAAUGAAGAGGAAAUGGACACAUCAGAACCUCAUACUUUAACGAUCAAUGGACUCAAGGGAGUCCUCUGCUAUCACAAAAGGAAGGGUCCUAAAAAAAGUAUAAAAUGGAAACCAGAUUCUGAACUUGAAGAAAUUCAAUACUUCGAACUUGACGAAACUGAACGAGUCAAUGUUACGAAGACGUUUACUGACAUGAAAUAUUUAGAAAGAAUUCAUGAACGAGACGCUUUCCAGAAAGGAAGAAAUCUCAGUAAUGAUGACGUCAUGGAAGAAAAAACUACUUGGAGGCCCCCACGACCAAUUCAGGUCGAAGGACAAGUACAAGUAGAACAUGGCAAGAACAGUAAAGAAAAAGAAAUUCAAGCAAUACGUCAAAAAGGUACAUUGCAGCCUCUUUAUUUCUCUAAAUCUAUGAUACCUGAUUCUGCGCUCGAACCAGAUCCGGAAACACAUCCCUACACGGAACCUACAAUUAUACCAUUAGAUGAUGUAACGGGCAAUCAAGAUAAUAUAAGCGAUUUUAGAAAUAUGCCUUGGCCAGAACCUAAAGGUAAUGCACCCCCGGCAUCAGCUAACAUGAAUGUUCCUAACAUGUUCCCACCAAACAUGAAUCAGUUCCCUAAUGGUUUUCCAAAUCCACAAUUCCCGGGUGUGCCUGGCUUUCAAGGAGGUAACAUAGUUCCUACUGAAUGGCCAGCUGGAGUCCCACCCCACAUAAUGGCUAAUGGUAUGCCGGGCCCCAUUCCUCCUGGCGCUAUUCCACCUGGUAAUAUGCCUCCGGGUAUGAUGAUGCCUCCCGAUAAUAUGAUGAUGGGUCCAGAAAUGUUUGGAGGACCAAAUCCAAUGUUUCCUGGUCCACCAGAAGGGUUUAAUAUGCAGCAAAAUAUGUUUCCGAUGGACUUCAAUAUGUCGGGUCCACAAGGACCUCCACCUUCCGGACCAGACGGCUUUCCUGGUAUGGCAAAUUUCCGAGGAGCCAUGCGAGGCCGUGGCGCUGGCGGCCAUUGGCGAGGUAAUAAAAACCCUGGAAACUGGGAGGGUCCUCAACGAGGUAGAGGUGGUGCACGCGGUAGCCGCAAAGCGGUUUGUAUAUAUUUCCAGCGAAAAGGAUCGUGUAGACAAGGUGAUAAUUGUACGUUUUUACAUCCUGGUGUGAAUUGCCCAUUUUAA